AUGAUGAUUGAUGAUGGUUGUGAUGAUGAUGAUGAUGAUGAUGAUGAUGGUGGUGGUGGUGGUGGUGGUGGUGGUGGUGGUGGUGGUGAUGGUGGUGGUGAUGAUGAUGAUGAUGAUGAUGAUGAUGAUGAUGAUGAUGAUGAUGAUGAUGAUGAUGAUGAUGAUGAUGAUGAUGAUGAUGAUGAUGCGCACAUCCAUUUGGCGGGCCACUUGGUGGUCCGGGCAUAA